CCAAGGAGAAACACUGGAACCACAACGCAGUCAUAAAGAGGAUUCGCCAUGAGAGUGUUUAUCAAGAAGACGGGCGUGGCAAUAGUCACGUGUUCCUCGCUGGUAUUGCUGUUCAUUCUGAGUAGGCUCAGUCGUCAUGGAACAGGAACAUUGGCAUCAGGAAACUCAAAGACAGGCAGAACAGUCGGAGCCUUGGUGCAUGUCAUCGAAGAGCACCACGAAGCUCUCGUUUACUGGUUUGCUGCUGUCGAGAAUGGCGCUUUACCGAAGCAGGGGAAUAUCCUGUUUCACAUAGACGGUCACUCAGACGGUGCUGAUCCCUUCGACAGACACAGAAAUCCUGUGUACAGAAUGCCUAGGAACGGAAAUGAACUACGGUUGAUGAUGGAGAAAAACGACGUCUUUAUUCAGGCAGCUGCCGGUACUGGGUUGAUAAAUCGCUUCAUCUGGGUUUGGCCACCCUACUGUGAGCAAGAGAAGCCUUACGUCUCCAUGAAUCUGGAAGCUGGGUUAAUGUACACAGAAGACGGCGAAUUGGUCGCAUGUUACUGUAUGCAGUCAAAAUAUAUACCUGUACAACAUCCUUGUUAUUGGAUAAAACGGGCUGAGCAUGUGGAUGAAGAUGAAACCUACUUUCCCAUAGACAGGAAUAGCUGUCAUGACAUGACCCUGGGCGGUAUUGUGGAGGUCGUGAGUACAGACAAGGCCAUAGAGCUAGCCAAAUCAGGCAGCUGGAUCAAAGCGAGUGACAGCGUCAUCCUGGACAUUGACGAGGACUACUACGCAUGUGAAGCUGUGUCCGCUCCUCUGUACGAUGCUGGGAUGAAUGAGGAAGCAAUUGAAGAUCUGUCCUACUAUAUUGGAAAGGUUUUGUGUACUGACAAUGCAAAGGAUGAAAUGGAAGCUGAUAGGUACUUUCAGAAACUUCUCAAAGCUGUGCAAGAAACUCAAGAACGCUGCCGAAGUGGCCGUCUCGGAGAGGAGACAUGUGUGUCUAAACAUGCGUUGACAGAAGCAGUAUUAGAUUUGUUGCCAGAUAUGACGACAACAAGAGAUUUCAUGUGUUUUCCAAAGGAGUCCACCCUGGUCAUGUUUGUGAACCUUGUCGAGCAUUUGUCACGAUGUUCUAACACACAACUCCAACACAUAGGAACCAUUGGAGUUUGUAUGUACACGUCCCCUAGAUCAUCGAGUUUCAAUCGUAAUGACGGAAUGAUUCUUUGUAAAGGAUGUAAUGGACCAAACAGCACACACGUUAUAUACCACAGCACAGACGAGGCUGAAAUUAAAGCCUCUACCAGACAUAUCAAGGCAGUGUUAACACAGCCUUUCAUCCCAAGAGUUGUAACAGUGUGUAGGUCUGUGCGAGAUGGUUACACUCCAAGAAAGGAAUUCCCAUUAAUAGAACUCGGGUUGCUGGAUGCUCUGAAAGCGGUGUACCCGGACGAUGUGAGAAGCGACACAGUACACUAUGACAGUGAACUUCUGGGAGGGCGUGAAGGAUGGUACUUCAGAUAUCACCGCUGAACAUUGCACGUUCGUGGUGGUAGAUCAAUAGGAAUUGGUAAUAUACGAGCAGUCUUAUAAAUGCAUUAGCCAUAAACGUGUACGUGACUGCAUGCGGUUGUGUGUUCACCAAGCACCCGUUGUUGAUUUGAGGAUUGCAUAAGAUGCGACGAAUAACUU